AUGGCGUCGGCUGCAUCGGCAGUGCCUACUCAAACACCCUGCAUUGUCUUCGAUGCUGGAAAAUCCGGGCUGAUCAGCAUCGUGGAAGAGGAACUACCAACGGAUGGCAGAUCGCCAUUAGCAUCGCCUUCACUUCAAGCCCCCACAUGGCGGAAAGUCGACUACUUCGGCAAUCCAGAGAACAAGAACAUUAAGGGUCUUGGUGUAACAUCAGCUUCUGGCACCGGAUGCCCGUUAAUAUCAACUAUUGGAAGCAGCUCUCCUGAGGCCUCUCCUCGUCUUGCCUCUCCAAGGAUUACUAUAGCAGGAUGGGGCAUGGUACCACAACUUCACACCUCACCCCUCGGAACCAAUUCACAUUACUCGCAUGCUGAAUUAUGGAAUCGAGCAUCGCCAAAACUACCUCAACUGUCAUCUGUGAUACCUGACGUGUCCGAUGACGAAGCAUCACGGCAUGGCUCGAUUGCCGAGCUUGAAAUCUUCUUGCGAAAGGCAUCCAUUGUCCAGUCUCUGACUGAAAAAUGCAACGGACCAAAAUCUGAUAUCGAAAUCUUGAUCAGCGAGGAGUCGUCAGAUGUUCUGGGACCUCUACACUCACCACUGUCUCCUCUGACACCGUCCAUUCGCACAUCAGCAUCUCCUCGAGCAUCGUCAGAGUGCCUAGGAAGAACAUCUUUCAAUGAGGAUCAGGGUGUCAGUAACGCAACCACGCCCAAGCGUUCUCAUCUGGAUCCUUCGAGUGUGUUCAGGCAAAUCAACAACUUUGCAGAUCUGCAUUCAUUCUCUUUUGGACAAACUCUCAAAGGACGUAAGCAGAGUGGCGCAACCCCAGAUCCUAUGAGUAUGGAUGGUGGCAUUCAACGGCCGUCAUUCGCGCGAGUGAGCUUUGGGGCCAGCGUUUUUAGUGAUGCCACGCAGGACGUGAUGCUUGUUAACCCGAUUACUGGCGAACGCAGGAUGUCUGCUAUGAGACCUACUUUAGCAGGAGAGCAACUGGCUCGACCUAGCCUAUUACGACGAAGUUCUUCUACGGCCCCAAUGUACACACUGGUCAGGAGGGACUCACUGCUAGCAGGCGGACGCCGCACUCCAUCAACCGAAUCAAGGCCUAGUCUUUCGACAAGAAAUUCUUCGGUGCGGUCGUCCAGUGAUACUCGAUCUGUAUCAUCCACACAAAUUCCUCAUCAUCAGACUCCUACUUCGGCGGAUGGUCAACGCAACCGUAAUCCUUCGGCCUCGACUAGACACAUGUCUUCUUCUUCGAAUACUCGUACCAUGUCAACUGCACGGACUAUGUCAACUAUGUCUCAAUCUUCCUACGCCCGCACUAUGUCCACAUCCGCAUGGUCGCGGACGAUGUCGACAUUCACAAGGGCUUCUUCCGCAAGUUCUAUAACGACCUACGACGUGGAGUCGGUGAGAAACGACGGCCAGCAAUUCCAGAGUGAUUGCAUUGAUAUGCAGACACGACGAAAGUCUUCUUUGUUCGUCCCCUUGUUCGGCCAGUUUCAAUGGAACAAGACAGACUGUGCGGUAGCCCUUCCUGUAUGGGAGCCCGAGCCUGCAUACCAUGAAGCGUUGGCAGACGUGGAAGAAGACCCCGACUUUGUAGAAGUUGAGAUCGAACCGAAGGCAGGAUCUAUAGGCAGAAGGGCUUCGCUACUUGCCAACAUCUUCACCAAUCAGGAUGUUGACGUGGACCCUGAUCUCAAAUUCAAACCCUCUGCAACCGAAGUAGAGAUAAAGCAAGGAAUUGCACAAGCGCAACAUCAAAGAAGCCAGCGGAAGAUGAUCUACUCUCGCAACGUUGUGAUGGCGUCUCUUGCAACCAUCAAUGCAUUUUGUAUUGCAUUAUCAUUUGGGCUUUUCAGCGUCUGGUACGCUACUGCUCCGUUGAUAUUGGCAGCUCCUCUUCUGAGGGCAACCAUGAUAGUUGAUUUGCUCAUCAGCCACACAUAUAAGAAGGCAAGACUGUUGCUAAAUCCUCAGAAAGAAGAACUUGAUAUUCCGGUCAUGGAUUACGCCACUAUCAUAUCCUUUUCCAACGAGAGUUUCGAGGACAUUCAGAGCACCCUCGACUCCUUGGUAGACCAGAAAGACGUCGACAUGCACAAGAAUCUAUUGCUAAUUUCAUGCAACGACAACGUAUGGAACAGCGACUGCGCCAAAUCGACCACAAGGAUCAUACUUGAGAACAUUCUCACCAACAUCGUCGAUGAAGCAAAGUUCCGGAUGCCACGCGACGACCCUGAGACUGGACAUGAUACAAUGUGGUGUCGAAGAGGAAUCUACAAAGACCUACCGUAUGUUUUGAUGGUCAAAGACGGCGUGACCAAGAAGACCGAAGUUCUUGACUUGAGCCGAAAACUGCUUCAAGCAUACAAUCUUCGCAAUGAAUCGUACUUCAACUCAGUACCCUCUGCUUUCUUCGCUUGGUACAAAGAAUGGGCCGAGCUACACGACUUUGCGUCAUUCGAUUUCCUGGUGAACAUCAGCUCCGACUCUCUACUCGAUGAGAACUGCAUCUCGCAGCUAUACCGUCAAUCUCUGCAACACCCUACUUCUGUGGGGGUAUCAAGUCGCGUGGUAAUUGAUCCUCGCUCAUGCAAAUGGAGUCUUGGGAAUCUUUUCAGCAAUUCGCAUCUUGUGUAUGAUCAAGUCAGAAGUUCUCAUCAGACGCAGAUCAUGCACAAGGCGACUGUAAGCCCCAGUGCUUGCCAGAUGCUCAAGAUCUGUGAAGAGACCUGUGGCCCGCAAGUCCUGGAAGAGAUANAAAAGCGUCAACCCUCUUUCAUGAGUAACAUGGUGAAGCAGAUCUGCUCAUCUCUCGAAGAGGACGACAUGAUGUACGGGGUCCCAGAGGCAACCACUCUACAAGCCGUUCAUGCCGUCACAUACGCCCGUUCAUCUACCACCCUUUCCGAAUUCCUAGCGCAACAUCAAAAGAUUGCGUUCUCAACUUGCGCUACAAACCUCGCUGUUCUUUGCGACAACCGCAUGCAUUGGUUUGAGAGACUGUCAUCUGCCGCCGAAUUGCUGUCUUGGUGUCUUCCUCUCUUGUCUCUGGCUGUCAUUGUCAACUUCCUCAGAUCAGCUGCAUUGCAGCAGAAUAUACCGGUCUUGAUUGUGCUCAGCGCUAUUCUUACAUUGCCCUGGAUCUACGCAUUCGCUUCUGCAAUGUGGUUGGCUCGCUCAUGGGAUGCACGUUUGCGCUAUCUGCUCGGCUUCACGAUUCUGAUAGUCACAGGACCUUUCAUUGCCAUCCAUGUUGCUGUCUCCACGCUCUUCAACUCACAUCGUCUUCGUCCUGAACAGCCUAAGCGUAGACGUUCUUCUGCUAUUACCGCACGAAUCCAACGUUCUAAUGUUUGA